AUGGCCCAACCGCCUUUCAUCAUAUAUACACACCCUUCGGAACAAAGUGACCGCCAGAACCGGAGGACAGUCGCUUCUUAUAUUGGGACCCAUUACAGGAAUCGUUCGAGACCAUCAGCAAGGAAGGUGCAACUCCCGGGAGAACCAUGCAGCAGGAAGCCAUUCCCGGUGGCCUCUACAAACAACUCGGAUCACCCUAGCGAGACCACCUCCUUGGUAAUUCGUGAUCGGAAGGCUACUCGAGGUCGACGAUCAAUCGCUCAUACAGCUCGGUCUUCGCCAACCCCUACUCUGGAUAACAUUCCGCACGACAAGCAUGGCUUUCGGUCUGAUCCUUUCUCUGCAUAUCCCAUUGAGUUUCGAGAUUGCAUUCCAGUGGCUAUUGAUUUCUUUGUUGGUUUCUAUGGUCCAGCGCACGUGAUUAGACCUGAGAUAGUCCCACCAGGGGCAGGGACGGGUAUCCUUCAGAGCUUUUUCCAAUAUGCGCUCCAGGACUCUGUGCUAUUCGAGGCUAUCAUCGCCUUGUCAUUAGCGAACCUCACUGUGCAAACUUGGAGAUUGAGUGGACCAGAUAAGGACUCCAUCUAUCACUACAGCCGCGCGGUGGGCAAAUUAAGGAAGCUCCUCCUCAAACCAGAAGGGUUCGUCGAAGACUCUGUUCUCUUCGCCAUCGUCGCAUUGAUGGGCGUCGAUUAUCUUUUGAAUGAUCUUGCCGCAUUUGAGAUGCACAUUGGCGGCUUGAGACAUAUUGUUGCACUGCGAGGGGGCCUGGAUCAGCUUGGAUGGCCGAUGGUGUUGAAGCCAAACGUCGUCGGUCUCGAGGUGUUUUGGGCGUACAUGUCUCAAAAUCAGGAAAACUUGACCAUCCUUCAGCAAAGCGGACAGUUGAUACCUGCACGAUCAGAAGAUCUAGACUUGACAUGUCCAUAUAACCGGGAGCCCAUCACAGAUUUUGGCGAGAUGAUAUCUGCCUUGCCUCCCGGUCUUCGAGAGCUCACAUCGGACUAUAGGCUGAGCGUACCAGUCAUCACCCUGUUGCACCGAGUUAUAACAAGAGAAGCACAGAUAAACCAGGUCGAAAGCGUCAAGGGCGUGAGGGAGGUCAAUGCCACAAACCUGCAGGAAGCCGAAUAUUGUGCCCGUCUCCUUGCUUUUACGGACCUUACAACUGUUGAGCGGGCUUGUUGUAUAGGUGUGUUCACCUCUUUGCUGGGCUGCACACGAUCCGAACGUUUCAGUCCACUUUAUGUUCAACAAAUCCAGCAUCAUUCUCAGGAACUCCUAUCCUGGCAAGGGAAAUUUGCCGACUUAGAUCUUGCCGAAUGCUUCUUAUGGGUCUCGUUGGGCCUGGUAGCAACAAUGUUUCCCUCUUGCAAAACUUCCCAGCUCCCCGGAACGAUGGAAACGGAUCCUAGAUAUAUGCUACUCAUGGCUAUAGCACAAUCACACCAGAAUUGGCUAUGGGAGGAAGUAAAAGUCGUUAUUCAGCGAUUCUCAUGGUCUACUCUACGUCUAGAAAGCUACCAGACAGCAUGGCAGUUCGCUCAGGACGAGUUAAAAAAAGCGAGUCACCACAAUCUGUGGGAGGGUUGA